AUGGGUGGGUGCGUUUACACCUUCCGGUCCACAGCCAUCACGACUCCCCAGGUCCACGACCCAAAGAUGCUGCAGAUGAGAACAGCGGCGGCACUGCUGUCGCCCUUGGAACCCGUGGGCAAGAGAAUGGUGGGGAAGUUACAGCAGCUGAUGACCCCCAUUAUGCCUGGUGACAAAGGAAUUUUCACCUUUCCUAAUCGGACUACUUUUCAAAUGGGUGGGGCCAUCCCUGGAACAGCUGUCAUGGUAAGGGAAGACCUGAGGCAUAAGCUCUCCCUGGAGCUCCCCUGUGGCUACCUGUGCAGGGCACCCACGGCGAAGUUCCUCCCCUCCUGCUACAACCCCAGUGCGGACACCGAAAGUGGCACGUGCCUAGACGCCCUGAAGGACGGAUGGUCUGCCCCAGCUGACAUCAGGACUGGCCUGCUCUCCACCCGCAGCCUGCGAGAGCGCAGUGUGAACAGGCUGUUGAGCACUCAGGCUGCGGAGCAUGGGAAGAACCUCGCUGCCUUGGAGAGGUACCUGUGA